UGAUCCGCCUGUCAAAAACGCAGAUGUUUACAGUGACAAUGGCGUCUAUAAGCACAAGGGAGAGGCUUUUGUCUCUUAUUGACGACACAGAAUUAAUAUCAAAAGAAUUGCUGGAAAAUAGCAUUGCACCAAAGCCACAGCGACUAUCUUCCAGUGACCUUGCUCAGCUGAUAGAGUUGCUCAUCCUUAAAGAUGGAGAACUGAAGGAUACAAUAAAGUUGGCCAAUGAUCAAGCCAGGAUAGCAAGUAUCAUGGAGACAGUACAGGCAGAGGUGGACAAGCAUGAUCAGAUGAUCCUCCAAUUGGAGAAACAACUACAUGAUGCCCAUCAUACACUGAGUGUGGCCUUAUACCAAGCCCGGCAGAAGAUGCAGAGUAUUGCAAGAGCCAACAAACGUCCAGUUAACAGUGAGGAGCUUAUCAAGUAUGCCCACCGUAUCUCUUCCACGUACUCUGUUACUGCGCCCGACACAUGGCAGCAGGGUGACCCCAGAAGACCAUAUCCUAUUGAUUUGGAGAUGCGAGCAGGUUUUCUAGGACAAAAUGGUCAGCUCCUACACACGCACUCCCACCUGACAGAUUCGUUAACAAGAGGUCACCACGCCGGCUUACUAAUUUCACUGGCUGCCACAGCAAUUCCUCGCCACACUUUGCAAUUUUCUGCCAGAUCCUGGAGUUCUGAGGGGUCCACCUCAAGAUUUUCCAAGUCUUUCAAAACUGUAUUGUUUCAUCUAGUUCACAGAGCCAGCUUCAUCAGGCCUUGGUGGUACCUUCAGCUGGCAAACAUCAGGAGAACUCCAAGUUCAUGUAGGGAGCCACACAGCAGUAGUAGAGAAAAAGGAGCAGGAAGAUGUAGAAGUAAUGAGCACGGACUCCUCUUCCUCCUCGUCUUCAGAUUCUCAGUGACCCCACACAUGAGGAUGUAUAAUUGCUUGAUCUCAGAAUUUAAAAUAGUAUCAUCAGUUUUCAGGAACUAAAGGAUAAUUGUUUUGAUGAUUUUUAUAUUGUGAAUCCUAUUUCAGCCUUUGGGUUAGGUUUUCACUUUAACCUGUGGGUUGUAAACAUUACAAAUUGUAAAUCACUAGUGCAAACAGGAAAUAAAGGGUUACAGUCUG